AAAACUCGCAUGUGCCUCGAGAGUUGUUGUGCGGUAGACAUGUGCAAAAUGUGUGGAGGAAGUUGGUAAAAUUCGUCUGGUAAAUCGUGACUUUCCCCCUCCCCAUACCCUCAGGACUUUAUUCGGUCAUGUGUCAUGGAUAGACAAAUCAGCAUGUGCCUUACUGGAUUAGUUAUUGCCAGUCAAUCAACUUCUGAGUACAAAAUCUGUACUCAAGGAACUCACAAACCCUAUCUGUCACCCCAGAGGCUUGUCGCUUCGCUCCUCGUAGUCAGCCCAUAGUAAACAAACGAAGACUAAGCUCGAGACUCUGGUACCCAGGGUGAAAUUGCAGUAGACGUACCAUGGACUCUGAAGAUGAAGAAAGAAAAGCAGAAGAGAAGAGAAUAAAAAUGGAGAGAAAAAGGGCAAAAAAGCUUCAGAGUAACAUUUCAAGUGAUGGUGAUGAUGAUGGUGGGGAGAAAAAAGAGAAAAGGAAGAAAAUGAAAAAGGAAAAGGAAAGAAAAGGUGUCCCAGAAGAUGCAGACACAGAAAUGAAAAAGAAAGAGCAUAAGGAAAAGGAAAUAUUUGAACCAGAGCAGAAAAAGAAAAAGAAAGACAAGAAAGCAGGCAAGGUUAGAGAUGACAGAGCAAGAAAGGGCUCAGAUAGUGAGGGAGGCUCAGAUGAAAGAAAAUGUGAAGACAGGAAAGAUAAGACAAGGAAAAAGAAACGAAAGCAUGACAGCUCAGAAGAUUCAGAUGAUAAUUCAUCAGAUGUCUCGGCUAAGAAAAAACAGUGCAAAGAGGAAAGAAAGAGGAAAAGGCAUAAAUUAAGCUGUGAAAGUUCCAGUUGUGAGGAAAGCUCAGACAGUGAGAAAAGACUGAAAAAGGAAAAGAAUAAGGAAAAACAAAGAGACUCAAGUGAAAGCUCAAGUGAUUCUGAGGAUGACAGAAAGAGAAGAAAGAAGAAAGUGAAGAAAGAUAAAAAACAGAAAGCCAAAGAUAGCAGUGAAAGUUUAAGUGAUUCUAAGGAUGACGGAGAGAGGAGAAAGAAGAAAGUCAAGAAAGAGAUAAAACACAAAGCCAAAGAUAGCAGUGAAAGCUCAAGUGAUUCUGAGGAUGACAGAGAGAGAAAAGAAAGGAAAAAGAAAAAUAAAAAGGAGAAAAAACACAAAUCUAAAGAAACCAGCUCAAGUGAAUCUAAUAAAAGCUCAGACAGUGAGGAAAAGGCGAAAUCUAAGAAAAAUAAAAAGGAUAAGAAGAACGACAAAGAUUCAAGCAAGAAAUCAAGUGUGAAGGGCACAGAGGAAACUCCUCCAAUCACAGCCAACAAGUUCAACAAUUGGGAGAAUGCAAGUUUUGGAAGUGACGAAAGGAAAGAAAAGUUCCUUCGCCUGAUGGGCGGAUUCAAGAAAGGUAACCAGUUGACUCUGCCUGCCAGUAGCAGCAACACCAAGCCAUCUUCAAGUUUCAGUGCAUUGUCCAAGAAACAAGAGGUCAAAUUAAACAAGGCUCUGGAGAAUCAGUUUGAGCGAGCAAUGGAGUUUAGACGGAUGGGCAGAGGGAAAGGACUUGGGUACGACCCUGACGCUGACCCAAGUAACAAGGAUUUCUAUAUUGAUAAGACUGCGAGCAGAUCCACAAAGUUUUAGUUCCAUGGAGUAUAGGUGUAAGGGCAGGGGACAAACCCUUGAAUUCAAGCCUGAUACUGACCCUAAUAACAAGGAUUUCUAUAUUGAUAAGUCUAUGAGUAGAUCCACAAAGUGUUACUUCCAUGGGGUUUAGGUCCAGGGGAGGCGGAAGUGGAGGAGCGGGGCACCAACUCCCACUUUUGAAAGCACCACCUACCCCUACCCCCAACUUUUGCCCCCCCCCCUCCCCCCACACUUAUGGGACCACUCCACCUCCCCUGAGGUUGAAAGGUAGCCUGAUGCAGACCCCAGUAGCAAAUAGUUAUAUAUUGAUAAGACUAGACUUACACUACUGUCUAGUAUGUAAUCGCUCUGUCACGCCGUGCCUUUGAGUAUAGGUUUAUUGUGUGACAGCGGUCAGAGCUGCAUAACACAGAGUCUUAGAGUCGCAGAUUUCAUUGAUAUCAAAAGGGCUACUGUAGUUGACAAAUAGAUAUAAUUUUUUAACAUGCGUUUGUAUUUUAAUCUACUGAUGCCGUCACAGUAAAUCAUGAACAAAAAAGUAUGCAAGGAGUGUGACACACAAACACACACUCACUUUCCCAUGCUCCGCGGUGCCUGACUAUGGAAUUCUCUAUUGAACGAAUUAUUUUCAUGAUACAUACCGCUAUGUUUUGCAUUUUCUCGGGUGCAAAUUAAAGACGAUAUAUGACAGGAA